UUCAGUUACUCACUGCUGUCUGUAGUGGGUCUGAACUAGCAUUGGAACUCCUUCUCUCCUAAAUUACUUCGGGUUCGUGACAAAUGGCCGACAAGUCCUGCGAAUGUUUAGCUCAUAGAAUAAUCUUAAACUGGGAAAGUUGGUUCUCUUAAAUUGUGAAAAAUAAAACGAAAAACUUGUGAGUGAACUCCUCGAAAGCCGAUAGAAAGAAUCCGGAGACACGUCGCUGGGAUUCGGCAAAGCUUUAAAUUCAAAAUGUCUGUCAGUAGCCACGAAAACCGAAAGUCUCGCUCCAGCUCCGGCUCCAUGAACAUUCAACUGUUCCACAAGACGUCGCAUGCCGACAGCCUUCUGACCCAGCUCAACCUGCUUCGCAAGCGUAAAGUCUUCACAGACGUUGUCUUGAAAGCCGGUAACCGAGCCUUUCCCUGCCAUCGGGCCGUCCUGGCCUCCUGUAGUCGAUACUUUGAGGCUAUGUUCAGUGGCGGACUGAGGGAGAGCCGUGACGCUGAAGUCAACUUCCAUGAUUCUCUCCAUCCGGAGGUGCUGGAGCUGCUUCUUGAUUAUGCCUACUCAGCACGAAUCAUCAUCAAUGAGGAAAAUGCGGAGUCCCUACUAGAGGCUGGUGAUAUGCUUCAGUUCCAUGACAUCAGAGAUGCAGCUUCAGAGUUUCUAGAAAAGAACCUUCACCAGUCCAACUGUCUCGGAAUGAUGCUGCUGUCAGACGCCCAUCAGUGCCAGAGACUGUACGAGUUGUCUUGGCGUAUGUGUUUGGCAAACUUCGCUACCCUCUACAAAACCGAAGACUUCCUGAACCUUCCCAGAGACAAAGUGCGCGAGCUGAUCCUCAGUGAGGAGCUGGAGGUAGAGGACGAGAGCCUGGUUUACGAAGCUGUAAUCGACUGGGUCAAGGCAGAUAUGGAGCAGAGGCACAGUGAGCUGCCAGAACUGCUGCGCUGUGUACGUCUCGCGCUUCUACCAGAGACAUACCUGCUCAACAACGUGGCUUCAGAGGAGCUGGUCAUGUGUCACAAGGUGGGCCGUGAGAUCGUCGAAGAUGCUGUGCGUUGUAAGAUGAGGAUCCUCCAAAAUGAUGGCAUCGUGACGGGAUUCUGUGCACGGCCCAGAAAAGUCAGCCAGGCUUUGCUUCUGCUUGGUGGACAAACUUUUAUGUGUGACAAAGUCUAUGUGAUUGACAACAAGACCAAAGAGAUCACCCCAAAAACUGACAUUCCUAGCCCCAGAAAGGAAUGUAGUGCCUGUGCCAUCGGUUGUAAGGUUUAUGUCACUGGAGGGCGUGGUUCUGAGAAUGGGGCCUCCAAAGAUGUCUGGACCUACGACACUUUGCAUGAUGAGUGGUCCAAAGCGGCGCCCAUGUUAGUUGCCAGAUUUGGACAUGGAUCAGCAGAACUGGACCACAUACUCUACGUUGUGGGAGGGCACACUUCGCUUGCAGGAUCCUUUCCAGCCUCGCCGUCCGUCUCACUCAAACAGGUGGAGCAAUAUGACCCGCAGACCAACAAAUGGACGCUGGUUGCACCUCUCAGAGAAGGCGUGAGCAACGCUGCUGUUGUCGGUGCUAAAAACAAGCUGUUCGCCUUUGGAGGAACCAGCGUUAACAGAGACAAAUAUCCCAAGGUUCAGUGCUUUGACCCAUGUCAGAACCGGUGGUCCGUUCCAGCAGCGUGUCCUCAGCUUUGGCGCUACACAGCGGCAGCGGUAGUGGGAAACCACGUCGUAGUGAUCGGGGGUGACACAGAAUUCUCGGCCAGCUCUGCAUACCGUUUCAACAGCGAGACGUACCAGUGGUCAAAGUUCGGCGAUGUGACAGCCAAACGGAUCAGUUGUCAUGCGGUGGCAUCAGGCAACAGACUUUAUGUGGUCGGUGGGUACUUUGGGGCUCAAAGGUGUAAGACCCUAGACUGCUAUGAUCCAUCGUCAGACUCUUGGGACAGCGUGACCAGCGUUCCUUACUCACUCAUUCCCACGGCCUUCGUCAGUACAUGGAAGUACCUGUCAGCUUAGACACGCAUGGAUGCGUUGAGCUUCCUAAGCAACGAGGAUGAAGGGCCCGUGUGUUCCCCACCGGCGUUCCCUGUAUCGUCAACAUUGGACUGGCUGGAUUCCUGGAAAGUGAAGACUGAAAGAGCGUCUUCAUCGCUUCUUUCCACCGGAUGUGUUUACCCAGAAACGUCUUGUGUAACUUUCCCAUGUCGCCCCUAAGCCGGCGCGGUUGCCGUGCGCUGUUUGUAACACGCUGAGCAGAAAGCGCCAUAACUUAACGCCUACUUCGGAAUGAACAUUUUGACUGAAGUCCUGUAACAUUUUAGACAAAAGGGAGUUCUUCCUUCCUCCUUCUCGUCACACUGGGCUUUCACUCAGGUGUAACGAAUCGAACUGCUGACUGAUUGACUCCAUUUACCAUUUGAGUUGACAGAUGUGUAGAAACAGGGAAGACGUGUGCUGAAAGUGUCUGAUUUUGUGCACCGUACAACUCUUUCUGUCUCUAUUUUGAGACGUUGGACUUGGGCUUCCCUCAAUUUUGGCCAACAUAAAUUUGGAUCUUCCUCUGAAGUGAAAAUACAAGCUGGCCAGGCCCGUUACAGCUGAAGAAGUUACUUAUUUUUGUGUGUGUCUCAGGGUUAUGUAUAUAUAUAUUUUUUUUACUGCAUGAAGAGGGAUUAACUGUAUUCACGCUGGAAUGAUGACUUCUUUAUUCUCUGUCUAUUGUAAAAAUGCUCUUCUUUGUGUGAAUGUACACAUUUCUUGACAAAGGUUCUUUUUUUUCUUUUUUUUUUUAAACAGAUCUGCAGUGUUUUUCAACUGAAAUUUCAAAAGUGUGUUUCAUAUAAUGGCAGUAAGAUUAGAGAAACGGGCACUGCCAAAACCUGACUUGGAAAACUUUUGUUUAGUUCAUUUAACAAUGUGUCCCAAUUUAUUUAUAGCUACUGUAACUUUUUUUUUCCAUUUUCCAUUUGAGCAUCUUAAAUAGAUUGAAUAGUAUGUAUAUUUUCUUAAUUGAUCAUUUGUUUUUAAUUUGCACAGUUUGUACGAGCUCUCUUCGUGGUCUUAACUUCAUUACAUCUUUGUCUUAACCCGCUUUGGGUCGUGUGAACGCUUUUUGAAUCGAGCUAACUUAAUUUGAUCAGACAUCCUGAUAGACAGUCUGUUACUUCCCUUCCUCUUAAUUUCAAUAAAGAGAUACUCUGUUAAA